CCACGACCAGCAUCCGCAAUAAUUACCGCACCAUGUACAACCUCACUAAGCCUUUCGAAGCGGCAAAACUGAAGGUCUCGGAUAUCCACACCCUUCACUAUGAAAUCAGCGGAAAUAGGGAUGGUGUCCCAGUAAUAUUCGUUCACGGUGGCCCUGGAGGCGGAUGCAUCGAACAGGACCGUGCAUUCUUCAACCCGGAGAAGUGGAAGGUCAUAUUCUUGGACCAACGAGGAGCUGGCAAGUCGACUCCGAGCGCAAAUCUCGAGGAGAACACCACAUGGGAUCUAGUAAAGGACAUGGAGCGCUUGCGAGAACAUCUUAAAAUCGACAAGUGGCACGUCUUUGGUGGCUCCUGGGGAUCGACUCUUUCCCUUGCGUAUUCUCAGUCCCACCCUGAUCGCGUGAAGAGUAUGGUUCUUCGCGGUAUCUUCACUCUGCGAAAAAGCGAGCUACAUUUCUUUUACCAAAACGGUACCUCCCAUCUCUUUCCGGAGGCGUGGGAAGAAUUUAUAGCCCCUAUUCCCGAACCCGAACGUGGCGACUUCAUGCUGGCCUAUCAUGCUCAACUAAACUCGGUGGACGAUGAGACGAGGCUGAGGGCCGCGAGGGCAUGGUCCAAGUGGGAAAUGGCCACUUCGAAGCUGCAUGUCAACCCUGCCGACAUUGCUGAGGCGGAGAAGGACGAUUGGGCAAAUGCGUUUGCGAGGAUAGAAAAUCAUUACUUCAUCAACGAAGGGUUCAUGCGUGAGGGCCAACUCUUGGAGAAACAAGAGAUCGAGAAGAUUCGCCACAUACCCACAAUCGUCGUUCAAGGCCGUUAUGAUGUAGUCUGCCCGAUUACUACUGCCUGGCAACUCAAGAAGGUAUGGCCCGAAAUUACUCUGAACAUCGUCCCCGACGCAGGGCACUCCUCCCGUGAGCGUGGUACUACUAAGUUGCUCGUCGAGGCUACCGACAAGUUUGUGGAUUUGUGAGGUGUUCGUGAGUGCGUGUGAGGACGAAGAAGAUGCUAGGUUGAUGAAUGGCUGCUCGCUAGGUGCGAAGAAUCUUGUAAUACUUGUGAACGGACUUCUGCUUGUGACCCUCUUGUCUGCGUCGGACUAAUCAUAGUUUAUGCAUGUUGAGAGAUUGCUGUCGUAUUCCCAAGAGUC